AUGUCAGAAAAAAAUUCAUCCAAAGAACGCAUGGACAUAGCUGAUGACCAUGAACGCAUUAAAGAAAUUGCUGAACAAGAUACAAAUCGUGCUCGUAUAAUAGCAUUAGCUGUAAGAGAGGCUUGUUCUGUAGCAAAUGUAGGUCCUGAUCGGCAAGAUUGGGAAUCAGCUUGUCGAAUAAUAUUAGAAAAUAACCUUCUUACAGCUAAAGAAAAAACUACUAUUGUCGCUCUAUUAAUGUGUAAACCUUUAU